GAGAUUUAUUCAUGCCAGUUUAUUUACAAAAUCUUCAUUUUCCUUCGCAACAUUUUGGCGUACGUAUUUACAAGCAUGUACAUAAAGAGAACAACCCGGACUUGUGAAAGAAAUCGAUUGUGCUGGUAGUAUUUAAACAAAAAGAAACCCCAGUUUUUAGUCAAUUUACAUAUGCGAGUUGAUUAAUACUAAAAGAAGUCCGUUGUUCAUAAAAAUUAGAACACUUGCAAAUCGAAGACUUACCUGUCUUUUACACAUUUAUAUUUACAAAGAAGUCAUUAUCCAUCUUCACGAAGAAUUCAGAGAUGAUCCACCCCCAGUAUUUCGCGACCAUCGCAGUCCUCCUCUUGGUCACGACAUGUCGCGCAAGUCCACGCUAUUUCAACACCUGUGCGAACGGAUGUGGCUGGCGGUUGGAUAGCAACGCGGACGGAAGUGUGUACAUUUCCACGCCAAACAAUGGAGCUUAUCAGUUAUGGAACUGGAAUAACGACCUUACCAUAACCGACGCCGCGACGGGGCUGUGUCUCGACUCGAAUGGUUACUACGUCAACACGGUGACGGCCACGUGCAACGGGGGGAAUUACCAGAAGUGGAGGGGAGGUCCGAAUAUGGGACAAGUUUACAACGUCGCCACCAAUUUGUGCCUCGUUGUGAAUAAAUUCCACCUCUGGCCGUACCCUCCGAUUUGGAGUGUCCAGACCCAGUGCUGCAGUCAGGGGGAUGUCAUGCAAAAUUGGUCGGCUUAAGGGGGGUAGGGGUCCGUGUGAAGAAUACACGUAACCAUGGAUACACAAGGAACGAUUUUGUGAAACUAUAUAUUUUUCCGAGUGAUAUUUACAAAUUGAAAAAUUUUAUUUAUUUACACAGUGUAAAUUACCCUUGUUAAGUAUUAGCGAUAUGAAAUUAGCUAGCUUUAAGUUAUAACUAUUUUACGGGUUUUAUCAUGAAAGAAUGAGAAAUGCCUAAAACUGUACAUAUUUAUCAGGCAAAUUAUUAUAUUUUCAGACAUGUAAAUAAAUAUUUCGAUAAGACCGUAUUUUUUAUUUGCAGAAUGAAAUACUUAAUUAGCAUACACUCUUAAAAAUCCAAUCGCAAAAUAACACCAAGCGGUAUCCAUGUACUUAAAAUUCAGUUAUUCAGUGAGUACAUAUGUAUUUUAAUACUAAUUACGCUCUUGCCACAUACUUGUUGUCAGGCGCAUUCAGGAUGUUGUUUAAUCUACUUGCAAAAUAAAUAUUAAACGCGACAAUUAAUGUUUGAUAAGAUAAAAAGGGCAUAAUAAAUUACUCAUCCCAGGUCAGAUCCGGGACCAGCAUGCAUAUAAAUAUGUGCCAGCAAAGCCUAUAUUAUUAUCAUCUCUAACGAAUCUCACGAAAUAUCCCGCAUCACAGAAACUUUGCAAACCAGACCAGAAAUCGUUCAAUUAUGGAAAUAAAUCCUUGCUGCUGUUCUCUUCCGACUGGAGUGAAAUGGAUUGCGAUCUAUGAAAUGGUUACUGGAGGUGCCAUUGUCCUCAUCAGCACCACAAUUUUGAUAAUUUUCAGCCAGGAUCGUACUUACAAUGACCCUUUCAAUGCUGUGAUAAUUGCCUAUUCCUGGUUGGGAUUUGCGUAUGGGUUGUUAAACUUCUUUCUUGGCAUGUUACUCUGGUUCGGUGCGGUGAAUCGGAGCAAGAUCUUGUGUAUAACCUGGAUCGUGUGUCAAAUCAUUGUCGGGAUCGUGUCUCAAACCGCAUUCGUUUUCUUUGUUCAACAAACAUAUUCCACCCAGUGUUUCUUUUUGUGUUUUUUAACAGCAGAAACACUGAUUCCACCAUAAUCGGUGCCGUUUUGAAAAUUUGUCUUCAACUCUACUUCGUUUAUGCGGUGUUCUGCUUCAUCAAUAAGAUUAACCAGCGUCACUUCCCCCUCCUGUUGGAUAACGAUAGCAACACGCCACACCUACAAGAUUCAUAAGUCUAUCAAACCUUAGGGUGACUGUACCUGCAAGUAAGGUAUCUAAACAGUUUUGAUUUCAAUCUAACCAGGGUUAAAUUAAAAUCGCCAACCGAACCCUUGCAAAUGUAGAAAAAAGUCUAGUCAGUAUGAUAUGGUGCCAAAAUGCCAAAGAAUGGUGAAAAAUAAACUCAAAAACGUGCAACGGAAUUUGUUUCGGAAAUUGAUUUAUUGUGUACUAGCGUAUAAGCCCGUCUCCCACCGGGCGAUGGGCUUAGGGCUUUGAUUUUCAUAAAAAUUGAGUGGGAUUUUGUAUAAUUCCACCGAAUUUUUGUUUAUUGUAUGUAUAUUAUUAGCUGAAAAAUCUGUUAGCAAGGGAAGUGAAACUCUCUACACUUCCGUUUUCGUCACGGAAAAUUACUUUCACUUCCCUUGCAGACAAACAUUUCCAGCUUAUAAUAUAGAUUUAUUUAUUGAGUGGAAUAAUUCCUAUUCUUAGUUCUAGGUAAAUAAAACAGAUUCACUGGUAUAUAUUAGACUAAAGUAUUUUUGCGCAUUUACUUCAUCAAAUAUCCGCAUACAAUAAAAUUUUAAUGGUUCGAAAUAGAUACAUAAUAUUCGUAGGGAAGGAACUGGACGCUUGGAUUUUCUGGGCAUUGCUACCAGCUUACAUUUACCGGUGUCAUAUGUACCGACGUUUAUCAUGCUGAGCUUAAUUCCUUUAUAGUUCAAAAUCACGCCUUAUCAGUUAAGCCAGAUAAGUAGAGAGACCAAAACGUAUAUAAACGAAGUUAUGCGUGCAAAACUAUAGCGAUACAGUAAAUAUCCUCAUGUUUUGCAUAUACCUGCGUGGCCGCCUUUUUUAUUCCGUCGUAUUUCGCAAUAGUUUUUUCCAGAAUUAAUUUCGCAGCAAAAUACAUAGUACCAAAUUGUUUAGUUACUAUCGUUAUUUGCCGUUUGAUACCUGUACGCAGAUGUGUGUUAAAUGUUUUAUUUUUUGUUGCCGCAUAAAAACUAAUUUUGUUAUUUUUACUGAUUGUAUUCAUCUUUGAAUUGGAUCUGCAUUUUAUAAAUGCUGAAGGUUUUAAUCAUUUUCGUAUGUAUGCAUACACAUCUUUAACAUAUACAAAAGUAUGACUAAGCACAGUACUGCAAAUAUUACUGCAAAUUCGACGUCAUAUUCAUGCCAUGCACGGAUUUGUUGAGUCGCAACUACUCUUAAUCACAACAUUCCAUUGCAUGUUUAACUUUACGAGGUAUGAUAAUCACUGGACUUGAACAAUAUUAUCACAGGUACAUAUUUCCAACAAUUUGGAAUAUUUUACUAAAAACAUGUCGCCAUUCUUUAUUUGAUGUUUGCUCGGUGUUUUUGAGGAUUGAUUAUUAUAUUUAUUUUACGCGCUAUCCAACACACAAACCAAACAAAUAUACUGAAUAAUUUAAUCAAAAUACGCAGAACGUGACGUUAAUGAUUAUUAUUAUCUAAGUGAUUUUCCAUAUAACCACACUAACUCUUUCAUCGAUGAGCCAUUGAUUGUGUGAUGGUGAUUCACGAAUCACCAUCUAAGUUAUGGGGCUUAAUUACAAAAAUUUGAUACUACAGCCUUGCAUGGGACUAUUUCUUCACGGGGCUGUGAAAGCUGCAGCAGUGGUUGAAGUGGGAGUCAGCCUUGUAAUGAUAAUUAUGUCCAGUGUCGACUAUGCUAGGCAGCUGGACAAAGUUUGGAGUACCAAGGACGCUAAUGUCACAGAGUUUUGUGGUUACAUGUUAAGUUGGAUCUUCUGCUAUUUCUACAGACUUGUUUCAAUUGGCCUGGCAAUUCGAUUGUUGGUGAUCGCUUCUAAGAGAGAUAGGAAAGCUUUAAAAUGGUGGCUGUUCCAGUCCGGAUUCUUGUAUCUGGUUUGGCUCUGCUGUUUCAUCAUUAACGCGAGUUACGGAUUUUUCUACAGCAGCCUUUCAUUCGUUACUUGCCUCUUACUAGCAAUUUACAAGCUAUACUUCUUCUGGACAAUUAUUUCGUUUAGUCUCGAAAUUAAGCGGAAUGGAUCCAUCGAUCCAGCACUUCGUGUCUUAUCGGACGAGGAUUUGGAUAAUUUUUUUAGCGAAAGUCAGGCUGAUAGACACCAACGUUACAAUAAAAUGUUUGAAAUCUCGUUCAAUGACCUGGCCCUUGACACGAACCGUCCGCUCGGCAGCGGCGCUUUUGGAAUUGUAUACAAGGCAUCACUAACAAGACGUCACGUGGAUUCUGUGUCGAGUCAAAUAGUUGCCGUAAAGACAGUUCUACCCUCUCCAGACGUCACAUUUCUUAAAUCCCUACUUCGAGAAUUGCAAGUCCUAAAUUUUAUAGGAAGUCAUGAAAAUAUAGUAAACUUGGUGGGUGCUUGUACGUCGGAAGUGAAGCGAAGGAAAUUAUACGUCGUCAUGGAAUACUGUGCGUAUGGGAGCAUCCAGUCGUAUUUGAGAGAAAAUCGUGAAGCAUUCAUAAACAAUGAAGCAUGCGACCUUAUAAACCGGGAUUAUAUUUCAUGGGAAAGCCCAGAAACCAUUACCAUUCAAGAUUUAAUGAGAUGGGCAUUUGAAACUGCGAAUGGCAUGGAAUAUAUUGCCGGUAAACAUGUCAUACAUGGAGAUAUUUCGUCGAAAAACGUUUUACUCAAUUUAAUGAGAACAGCCAAAGUUGCGGAUUUUGGGUUAUCUCGACAGCUGUACCGUUACACCACUUUCACGAAACAUGAAAACGAACCCUCACCAUGGAAAUGGAUGGCGAUCGAAUCAUUGGUAGAUUCAGAGUAUUCAACACAGUCUGACGUGUGGUCAUUUGCUCUGACCGUUUGGGAAUACUUUUCCUUAGGAGCGUGUCCUUAUCCGGGAGAGAUCUGUCCGACUGCUUUUAUUCUACGAUUAAAAAAUGGAGAAAUUAAGCCUGACAAACCAGCCCUAAUGACAAAUGAAAUUUACGAGGAACUAUGCAAAUGCUGGGUUAUAAAUCCGAAGUCUAGACCAUCAUUUACCGAAUUAAAAUUAUUUUUCGCCAUGCAGCUUUCGAGCAGUAUUUCAAAUACUGAUCUGGUAACUCGGUCAACAGCUCAGAUUGAUCCGAAUAUGAUCUCCCAACCCUACUUUACUAUUGAUACAGUCAUACACGUAUAACUUUUAUUGGAAACUCAAAUACUUAUCCCCACGGAACAGAUGAGAACUGUUUAAAUACAUACAUAUGCGACACAGAACUGCAUUUUUGCAGUAGAGGCAUAUUUAUGACACGACCGGUAAAUAUUAUGCAAACAAAUUGUUGAAGGGGUAUGUUUUGGAUGAAGAGCAAACACAGUAAUCAAUUGCUUGUUCCAAAAUUAAAAUUAAAAUCUAGUAAAUCGCCUAUCCAUUCUACUCAAUUGAUGGAUUAUUGAUAAUUUUUUGUAUAAUCUAUAGAUUAAAUAUAUAAAUAGAUCAAUAAGGAAAUGAGAAAUUUUUAAGACUGUAAAUACGUACUUAUCGUGUAAAUUAUUAUGCAUUCCUACCUGUAAAUCAAUAUAUAACCUUGACUUUAAUAUUUUUUGUCUUUACUGUGAGCUUGUGUUAACAGCCCUGAGACGGAAUUUUGUCACUAGGUAGAGUGCUUCAGAAUAAUUAAAUAUUUCUAUUAGGUUUUGCACGGAGUAUUUUUCCAAAGUUAUCACCGUAUUGCGUGCUGCCCGAUUCGUUCAGGAUGUCGCCUAAUCUGUUAAUCUAAUUUAGAAGGUCAAAUAGUCAUUAUUUCGCAUUUAAAUCCAUAUUUUGCUAAAACGAUAUACUUAUCGAAUUAGAAUAAUAUGUAUGUAUAAAGCAUGGAAACUUGUUUAUUGUGCAAUCAGUCUUCGCUAAAUUUUUGCCAGAAUGGUGAAAACUUAAAGUUAAAUCAUGUCUACUCCUGUGCUUUUUCGAGGAACCGUAAGUCUAAAAUAAUCCCCUACAUUAAAAUAAAAUUACUGUCAUGUUUUGAUUUCAAAAUAAUUUUAUCCCUGAUGAUGACACGAGUGCUGUGUCGAAAGCUCGAAAAUAAAUCAAUUUUCUUCCUUCAA